GGCACCCGGUUGUUAUUUUCCAUCGACCUGCAUACUCAUAUGUGCUCCCAAUGACUUCUACGCUACAAAAACCUAACUCCGUAACAGCGCCGAGAAAUCUCCCUCGCUUUAAGUGUUAGAGUUGCUGAGAGAUGGCGAAAUCGAAGAAUCACACAGCCCAUAACCAGUCUUACAAGGCCCACAAGAAUGGGAUCAAGAAACCCAAAAGGCACAGGCACACAUCCACCAAAGGAAUGGAUCCUAAGUUCCUCCGGAACCAGAGGUAUGCCAGGAAGCAUAACAAGAAGAACGGCGGAUCUGCUACUGAGGAAGAGUAGACAUUUUGACGACUUUUCGCGGUUCUUUUAAGCAUAUGAUUUUGAUUUUUCUGUUGUAAGACAUUGCCAGUUUUGGUACUAGUCUGACUUUAUCUAUCAAUUAGGUGAUGAUUCUAAAUCUCUCACAACUGAUGUCUUGAUUCUUCUCACAAUUAUUAAGAAUUCGUCGUCCGAAGCUUUGAUCGAAAAUUUUGUGGUUUUUGCCCA